AGAGGGUACUUCUGUAUGAAGUUUGUGGUUUAACUUGCUAAUGCUGGAAGCAAGCGCUGAUAAAGUGUGUGGGACUGAAUAUACAUUAUGUGCGCAGGCAGUCUCUGGUGAUAUGGAAAGUACUGAGCCUGGCAGUGGAGGGAGAGGUAAUAUGCCCAUGAGAUACAGAUGAAGGCUGAAUGAGGCAGCAAUUAAGUGAUUAAGUGGUAACCAGACAUUUUUAAUACAUGGCUUCAGUGUCAAGGAAAGCUACACACACCACAACAACUAAACUGUGCUGAAAAUGUGGGGAUUUUCAUGCAAGUGGAAAAUAUAUUUCUUGGGAUGGAGCUGUGCAUAUAGAAUUGUUACCGGCCCUGAGAUCACUAUUAGUAGCUUACAGAUAUUGGGUUCCUAGCAGAAAUUCAGACCAUUUAAAGCCAACGGCCUUUCAAAGUGUUCUGUUAAAAUUAUGCCCCAUGCCCACCACCUAAAGGUCAGUUUUGUAAAGCCCGUUUUCUCACAUUAAUGGGAGAACGUAAUCAAAGGAACAUGGAUGUGGCCUGGCAAGAAUUCCUUUCCAUUGCUGAACUACAGGGCCUUGACGCACAGAAUACCUCUCCAUAUGAUGCCAUUGGUUGCGGAACAUCUGCCAUGCCUAGCUCUGACUAUGGACCAUGCCAGUACACACAAGGUGUAGCACAAAGUUUAAACCACAAUAUUCAGGCAUAUGAGCACCUUUACAUGGACAUGAAUGCUUUGCAAGAUCAGCAAAUCCACACUUUGCCUUUGGCUUCUGCAUUUGGCCCUACUGCCUACACAGGCAUGCUCAUCUCAUCAAGCAUAAAUCACAUGGGGGUAUCAGGUCAUUGUCCCCCUAAGACUCUACCUGUGAAUGGACUCUUCCCUGUACCCACAAUUCCUGAUGUAGGUGUACCCAGCACAAACUCUGUACGCCAACUCUGCAAGGGCCAAGAGGACUUUGAAUCAGACUCAGGCCUCUCAUUGAAUUUUAGUGAUGGGGAAUCCAUUGAACUGGAAAAUAUCGAAUCACAAAGAUUGCAGGUGGAAUACAUGGAAAUGAUUCCUGCAUUGGCAGGUCAAGACCAGUUUGGCAUGGUACAGUCUCUAAUGAAUAAUAUAACCGAUGCCCAUCAGUAUAGUGCAUUGCAAAGUGAAGAACUGGUAUGCAGCCGAGAUGAAAGACGGGCAGCUGCCAUGAAUAUUCCUUUUCCCACUGAAAGGAUUGUUAACUUGCCAGUAGAAGAUUUUAACGAGCUUCUCUCCAGAUACACACUGACAGAUACCCAGCUGGCUUUGGUCAGAGAUAUCCGGAGAAGAGGCAAAAAUAAAGUAGCUGCUCAAAACUGCAGAAAACGCAAGAUGGAAAAUAUAACCAGUCUCGAAAGGGAGAUAGGGCAGCUACAGACUGAACGAGAAGGCCUGAGAAGGGAACAAGAAGAAGUGGGAAGGGUGAUGGAAGACCUGAAAAGGAAACUCGAAAAUCUCCAACAAGAGGUUCUGAUUGUCUUAAGCGAGAAAGGCAGCCCUCAUUAUCAUCUGGAAGACUUCAUGUCCAGCUAGACUAUACACUGUAGCCAGAACUGGGAAUUAAAAUCAAAAUGGCAUUUCAACUACACAGAGGCCCAAAUAGCCCCCCAGAGACCCAGUAAAUAGUGACUUUCUAUGGCAACUUACAGCUGCCACAAUCCACAUAUUGUUAGUCCAGAGUAGGACUCCCUUUCCCCCAAAUAAGAGAGAUUUAACUGACAGAUCUGGUUGAUACAGUAUGGCAGGAUAGUCAUAUCUGGCUAAUGACUAGUCUACUUCUUGUAUGAUAAA